GGCUAUGAAAGUGACUUUUGCGUUUUUUUGGGUUGCCGUCCUGUUUUUUAAUAUGAUGAGCGUGUACUCAUACCCACACACUCGUCAAAACAGUGCUAAAAAGAGAAAGGAUCUGGAUAGAUGGAUAAGAUUUUUAAAACAGGAAGACAGGCUUUUCAAGAAUAACUGGUAGCCGAUCAAUAUCCAAUCAAGCAGGGAGACUGAUGUCUAAAGUAUCUGCUAUAGUUAACGAACUUUCGAACUUAUGAGGAAAAUGAAGGAAAUUAUCUUGGAUAA